AUGACCAACAAAAUUAACACUCUUAAAAAUUCUAACAACCCUAAUGAAAAUAAGCUUAAUAAACUUCAAUCUGACUUAAGCAAUCAUCAAAGUGAAGUGCACAACAAUACGUCCAAAAGGGACAGUGCGUUGAAGGACAUCCGCUCCAGGAUGGUGUCUCUUGCUGAGCUCAGUGGCAAGCUUGGCCAAUUUAUUGGCCCUGAAAAGGCUGUUACUACAGCAAUUAAAGAUUGUAUUGACGCUAUUAUUAACAGUAAUGAAGACUUCAAAAGCCUUAAAAAGUCUCCGUCUCCGCCUGCGCAGCCUUCCACUGCCGUGUCUGCUGAGCUUAUAAAUGAAAAGAUGCUUGAUGAGAAAAUUGAGCAUUAUAAUAACCUUAAAACAUCCCUUGAAUCUAAGAAAACUGACAAAAAUCCUCCCCUCUCCUCUGAAGAUUCUCGCCUUUUAUCCUCUCAUCAGUCCAAGUUGCAGUCUCUUCAGAGGCUGAAGAGCCUUAAUGAGUCUUUGAAUUCUCUUAGUAAAAAUGAUAACAAUUGUAAAAACCUUUUAAAUAACCUCUGCACAGGCCUCGAAAAAUUUCUCGGCUUCAGUAAUGGUAAUUACACUGGCGAGGGCAUUGUGUACUCGGACCUUGACAGGCUGUGCGACGGGGUGAUGUCUUUCCUUCAUGGAGUUUUAGAUAACAUUCAUGGUCAUUUAGGCCAGCAUAAAGACACUUUAACUAGCGCACUUACUUCACUUAAAGACACAAAUUCUAAUGGUAUUACUAAAUACAAGGCGGCGAUAGCCGCGGUGGCCGGUGGAGUGCGUACAUAUAAUGAGAGAGUGGCAGCGUCGAAUGACGCUGUGAAAAGUGUUAUUAAUAAAUUGCGUGAUGAUGUUGGUAGACGUUUUGUAAAUGAAGUAAAUAACAUUUUGCGUAAUGGAGAUGGAGACAAUAGUGCAGUCAAGAAGGCCGCGCAGUUAAUCCAUGACAGGUUGACAACGUGUAUUGAUAAUGCCGGCAACUUUAUAAAUAGGUCAAAGAAUUUACAAAUAGAAAUAAAUGACCUGAAUCCCGAAGCAAAAUUAAGAGUGAAUAAUGCGACAAAGAACAUUGCCCAUGAAUACCAUAGGCUCUGUGUCUCGUCGGCUAAGGAGUUUAGGGACUUACAUCAUAUGACGGAGAAGAUUACGAAAACAUUAAAUGCUCUUAAAGAGACUGUAAAGCAGGACAUUUGUGACAGAGUGAACGGUGUUGUUAACUUUCUGAAGGAGAAAGUUAAAGGAAUUUUGACUAAACUUCUCGAAGUGAAACACAGCCUUGGACAGUACAUUAAGGCGCUGCAAAAAUGGAUGAAACAAGCAAAAGAGUUUAUUGAGCAGAAUCCGCAGAUGAAAGUUAACGAAAUAUUAAAGGAAGUAAAAGACCCGGCGGAGCCAAAUAGGGAUAGGAAAAAUCUUGAAGAUACGAUUAAGAAUGUUGAUGAAACGCUGAAGAAAAAAGUUGAGGAACUUGGCGCUUGGAACGCCGCGGCCGGGAAGGUUGUGGAUGCCGCUUUGCAAAAUGUUAGAAGCAUUCUUGCUGAAGUCGGCACAAAUAAAACAUCCCCAAUCAUCACCGCAGUUCAACGGCUGAAGGAAUCUGCUCAUGAGCAAUUUGUUAAAUGCAAACAAGAAGAACUAAAGAGCAUCGCCCACGAGGCUACGUAUUCACAGGAGAAUCUCGGCGGUGAGGUAACGAAAUUGGUGGACGACAUUUUGGCUCAGAUUCUGAGGGUGUUGAGUGGCAGAGAGAUUACACAUGGUCAAAGUAGAGAACAUGUUGCCUCACAGUAUGUUCAGCAGUUGCACACCAUAUCGCAACAGCUCACCGACGCUGCCAAAAAAGUCAUCGUCCAGAAUCAAUCGGGCUCCCAGUUACAGACAUCACUACGUACACUAGACAGUUUACAGGUGCAGGAUACAAUUUUGCAGCUUUCGCAGCUUGGUACUAAUUUGCAUACUCAAGGUCAUUUUACUGCCAAUCACAUUGAGAGCCUUUCCAUUUUUUGUGACGCCAUAAAAACUGUUGUCAGAGAUUACGUGGAUUCACUUAAUGAACAGAUUAAGAAUGAGGCACGAAUGAUUAAUGGUCUUAACUCCAAUACGUUCACUACUUACGCUGGACACGUUAUUAAUGCUUUGCAGAGCAAUAUGUCAAGCUCUGAAAGUUUUGCUAGGUCAGUUGACCAAAGCGGUUGGCGAUUUGGCCGACGUUCCCAUUCAUCUCUUACUACUGGUGUGGAAAACAUACGGCGAAUCCACGCCCAAUUACAAGAGCAUGCCCGAACUGUUAACACAUUUUCUAAUGAUAUGAGCCAACUGAGCGAUCAUCUUGAUAGCAUGACACGUAGCGUAACAACGCCAUUCACCACCCUCAUCCAGGCAGUUAGUAAAGCUACAAACCCACCCGAUGGCCUUAAAAAGCAAUUGGAAACCGAAUUAAAAACUGAUGGCCUUGGCAGUGGAUCAACCUGGACAAUUGACAAACAUUCCGCCAAAGGCCUCGCGCUGAUCAAGACGGAUAUUGAGGCGCUGCAAAAGGACACUGUUCCCCAGCUGACCAGCAACCUAAAUUACCUGUGCAACUCCAUUAAACGUAUUGCCAACGAAAUCGUAGGGAAUUUGGAAGUGCUGAAAAAUGAAAAAAUUGGCGAUGAGCUUAACAAAAUUUAUGAUGAUCUCAGCAAGCUUCAUACCUGCAUCCAGACUGACGUCAUCACCUUGGCAGAUAAGUUCAUCGACAAAGAAGCCGACACACAAUGUCGUGUAGCAAUCUCGUUUCUUCACACUUGCGUCGACGGACAAGUGAACACCGCUAUCUGCGAUAUCACAGCGCAGUCCCAGAAGAAUUACGUGUCCUCUGUACAGAGCCUGUUGAUAGCCUUCGCCGAGAAGGUUCAGGGGGAGUUACAACAUUUACCGACUGAGCUUGAAAGGGACCUGGAGACAGGCCACAAAGGAUUCAUGGCGAACUUGGAGAAGUAUUUCGUUAAGAAAGUUACAGGACUUCGAGACUUGUCUCCGACGAAAAUGUAUCCACUCGGUCAGGCCGUCAUGAAAUUGAGCACUGCAUUUAGGUCAUUCUACAGCAACCUGAAAUCGCAAGAGGAUUUCACUGCCGACUCCGGGCGUCUGCAAGAUCCGAAUGACGCCCUGCUCAAUUUGCUUAACAAACUCGUCACUUCGCAGCACUUCAACCAGACAUUUAGAGAUAAUGUAGAGUCACUCGAAAAAACAUUCACUACAUUUAGUCCUCAAAUAUAUGGCGAAGCAGAGAGCCCUUUGCUACUCAACGCUUUAAAGAAUGGUUUCACAUCCCUUGUCUCCGAACUCCAGAAAGCGUACGUCUCCACAUACUCCCAGCAGAAAAUUAGGUGGGAUAACAUCGAUGACACUGAGAGAGAAAAGUACGCUAAAAUCGCCUUGACACUUACGCCCACCGUAUAUGAAGCAUUAACACAGCUCAAGGAAGGGCUUGAGAAACACGAUGAGCUGUGGACAACUUAUAGCAUUUAUAAUUCCUCGAACACUGCUAAUGCCUUACAUAAAUUAUUCUUCCGUGAAAACGGUUACGAUAGUAAGCUUCCUGUAAACGUCGCGGCCGGCGAAUUAAAUCACAAAAAAGGUUUCACUGGUAAUAAUAUUCUUACACUUCUUGAUAGUGAUACAUGUGAAUUGUUUGAGAGUAGCAAACAGCCGCUUGACGACGACACUCUGAAUGUCGACUUGGUAGAACAGAUUAAGACGAUGUUCGAAGUGCCAAGUGAGACAGAUCCUUCUCAGAAAAUCGUGAAGCCUAUGAACGCCCAUCCACAACAGUUUACACAUGAUGAAAUACAUUCUGCACUUAAAGAAGUUACAGCAAACGCGUACUCACUGCUGACUGGCGUCGUCGGGCAUGGCGAUGCAGCAACGUUUUAUGCGUGCGAGUUCCCUACCAACUCCCUCAGCCUGAAAUAUCCCAGUUCCGGCGCGGAGUGUCUUGAUAUGCUGCUUGAUAUCCUUCGACGGAUGUUCCCGGUGCUCACAUACUUACAUACUCAGUGUAGCCUACGUGAUAAGCACGGCGGCUGGCGUGACUGCUACUACGGCAAAGAUAUCAAGUCAACCAAAUGGUCCUGCAAAGACCAUGUUACCGACAAAGCUACGUGCCAACCAAAGUGCCAGGCAAACACCAAAGCAAGCUGCCAACCAACGUCUCCACUUAUGUCAUACUUAAACGAUAGCUUACAUGGUCACUUGCCUCAUGAUGUAACCUCUAUUGGUUGCAAGUCAUCUUGUUCCACGUGCUCUAAAAACCCACCAGGAAUGCCGUGUCUCCCUCCCCUCGGUUUCAGAGCAUUCUCGAACAGUACGCAUACAGGGAGAGACCUGUGCGAACUGCUAGAAGAAUUGGUCGGUAAAAGAGGAGUACUAACCAAACUCUAUGCGCCGCUUGCUUGCCUUCUCAACCGCCCACCGCAGUGGUUCCCUGACAUAUUUUCGUUUUACUGCCAACUCACCAAGGAAUGGAAGUGGAUGGACGAAGCUGAACACAAACGCCAUCCCAUUCAAAAUGCCAUUUCUGGCGCUAUCGAGAGAACAGUUGCCUGUGAUCAUAAUGUUGCAAGAGAGUUACUUGACUCGUGCCGCCAUUUGUCUAAAUGCGCAUCUCACACGUCUCAUGAUCUGAAUAAUAACCCCGACCUGACGUAUUUUGUUGGAUGCCAAAAUGAAUACUGCGGCAAAUAUUUCACACCCCUCAAUCAUGCUGCGUACUCCACAUUUGCAACCAAAUAUGCGAGUCAGUAUUUGUCGGUGUUACUUUACGCUGGACCUAAAAUUCAGGCAUUCUUCGAACAGUUAUCUAAUGCAUACACAUCUGUUUCUUGCUACGACUCAGGUUGCAGGGGCUGCCUCAACAAUAAUGGAUGUCGAAUUGGAAAACACGGCACUGCCCGUUGUGGAUGCAAUUCCAUGGUUGACUGCAAGGCAGUUAUCUCCGUAUUUUAUCAGCAUGGUCUAAACUACACGGACAUCACCAACAAAACAAAGACGAAUUGCGUCUUUCUCUAUGACGAAAUAUCUGCAUUUCUAAAAGGUGAGCGGUUAAACACAUUUUUGAAUGCCAUCGAUAAAUUCAUAUGGGCGAUAAGAGAGAAAUUCUCCAUUACUUUAUUAGCCCUCUGGUCCCUCUCUUUGCUCUACCUGCUGCACAUCGCCGUCGUCCGCCUCGACGUGCUGAGGAUACGCUCCCACCUGAGAUCACCCUCAAGCCACCGCAUCGCCGCGCAGUCGCUGCUCGCCGCCGCACGCGUCAAGGCACUCGCCAACGUCAAGUACUUCUCGCCGUAA